AUGACGUCAUUGUUGGGGAAUGUUAAAGAUGGCGCCGGGCGGUCAGAGGAAUGUUGCUGCAGCAACAAGCUGAAGGGAUUUAAUUAAUCUUCCACUCGGCGGAAAACUUCUCUUUCUUCUACGGACUAAAUCCUGGAGGUUCCGGAGCCGAACAUGAGCCCAUAGACCCGCUCGGACCCCGGUAACCCUGCGGUUCCUCCCGGUAAAAUGGUAGCCGGAUCCUCGGAGAACAACAGAAGCUGCUGCGGAGUUCGGCCCACCGAGCCGGAGGAUUUAACGGCCGGGGCCGAGGCUUCAGCGGCGGACUGAGGAGGCAUGGAGACGAAGGAGAGCGGAGGUUCGGUUCCUGUGGAUCUAAACGAAAACGAGGAGGAUUCUUUGGGUUCGGGUCCCAGGACGCUGAAGGAGCGGAGCCUGAUGCUGCUGGCCGCUGUCAGCGGUGGGCAGGCGGGGGCCAGGACCCGGACUCAGGUCGAUCUGAACAGAAGGAACGGAACCAAAGACCCGGAGAUCAUGCUGGUCUCUCCUGAGGACCGGUACCUCUCCGGACCGGAGGGUCCUGGCGGUCUGAACGGGUUUCCUGAGCCGCCUGUGGAAGAAGGAGGACCAGCAGCAGCAUCCUGUCCAGCUGGGCUCCAGGAUCCGGGGGAAGGAGACUCCCAGGACUGCGGGACCCCUCCCCACCAUCAGCUCUCCUGUCCGGAGAGGCUGCAGGUGAACUGGUCCCGGACCUCAGCAGGUCACCCGGAUCCGGGUGUGAACAUGUCCAACGGGGUGACAGUCAGCCCGGAUCCUUGGUCCGUCCACCUCCUGGGUCAGAGACUGGCUCAGUGUGACGUGGAUUGUGACACAGGGAAAGUUGCCAAUGGUGGUUUGCAUACUUUGAGCUCUGGCUGUGAGUGGCCCGGUUCAGACUGUUACCCCAGGAACACGGAGUCUGGGUCUCUGAGCUGGGGUUACUGUCUCCCUCAGUACCAGAGAUCUGAUCCAACAUCAGCGACUGACCCCAUCUGGGAUACUUCCAGUCCAGAACCAAGGUCCAGAACCCCCUCGCCCUGCUCCUCCAGUCCCCUGUCUGAGCUCAACACCCAGCCGGAGGAUGAGGAGGGUCUGGGUGACCCCUGUGUCCCCGUCAGGCCUCAGAGUCUGAGGACUAACCCCAACGCCACCGUGUCCCUGAGCUGCGAUGCCACCCCGCUGUCCCCUGAUGGGGAUGGGGGGUUCUACUUGGAUCCUGAGGCGGGUGUUCUGGAAGCAGGUCGGAGGCAGAGCGCCCCGGAUAAACUGAGCGAGGAGACCGAGGGUUCGGAGCUCAAAGUGUUGCCCAAAAGGUUCGGGAUUGCAGAUUUCUUCACCAGGAGCCUGUUUUCUAGGAAACCCAAAGAGUCCCGGACAGUUUCCCACAAUGCACCAGGAUGGAGACUGUUUGGAAAGGCGGAAAGCAGAGAGGAGGAUCAGAGACGAGAGGCGGCCCCCAGCGUGGCCCCUCAGCAGGAGGAAGAGGAGGACGGGACGGACUCAUCCUCGUGUCCCCAGCGCCCCCCCGCUGCAGGACGGAGGAAGAACCUGGAGUUUGAGCCUCUGUCCACCACAGCUCUGAUCCUGGAGGACAGGCCGUCGAACCUGCCGGCGAAGUCAGUGGAGGAAACUCAGCGACACAAGCUGGAGUACGAGGAGAUGGUGGCAGGAGCCAAGAGGAGAGAAAUGAAGGAAGCCCAGAAGAAGAAGCGUCAGAUGAAGGAGAGACACCGACAGGAGGACAGCAUCUCCAGCGCCAUGGUGAUCUGGAACCAGGAGAUCCUCCCUCACUGGGACAGCGUAAAGGCGACGCGGCGCGUCCGUGAGCUCUGGUGGCAGGGCCUUCCUCCUGGAGUCCGAGGAAGAGUGUGGAGCCUGGCCAUCGGGAACGAGCUCAACAUCACCCCAGAGCUGUAUGAGAUCUUCCUGUCCAGAGCCAAAGAGAAGUGGAGGAGCUACAGCGAGACCAGCUCGGUCAACGACAACGAGAGCGAUGGAGGAGCUUCGCUGGCCGACAGGGAGUCCAGUCUGGACCUCAUCAAGCUGGACAUCUCCAGAACCUUCCCAUCUCUCUUCAUCUUCCAGAAGGGCGGUCCGUACCACGACCUGCUACACAGCGUUCUGGGAGCGUACACCUGCUACAGACCCGACAUCGGAUACGUCCAGGGGAUGUCGUUCAUCGCGGCCGUGCUGAUCCUCAACCUGGAGGAGGCCGAGGCCUUCAUCACAUUCGCCAACCUGCUCAACAAACCCUGUCAGAUGGCCUUCUUCAGAGUGGACCACGACCUGAUGUUAAAGUAUUUCACAGCCUUUGAGAUGUUCUUCGAGGAAAAUCUGCCUCGUCUCUUCAGCCACUUCCAGACAAACAGCCUGACCCCUGACCUCUACCUGAUCGACUGGAUCUUCACCCUGUACAGCAAGUCGCUCCCGCUGGACGUGGCGUGCCGAGUUUGGGACGUCUUCUGCAGAGACGGAGAGGAGACUCUGUUCCGGACCGGGCUGGGGAUCCUGCGGCUCUACGAGGACGUCCUGAUGCAGAUGGACUUCAUCCACAUCGCCCAGUUCCUGACGCGCCUGCCGGACGACCUGCAGCCGCAGAUGCUCUUCACCGCCAUGGCCAACACGCACAUGAUCAGCAGGAACCGCCGCUGGGCUCAGGUGUUUUCUGCUGUGAUGAAGGACGGGAACGUGAAAGAGGCGGAGAAGUCCAGCAGCAGCCCGGCUCUGAGAAGCUAACACUACUGCUACCCAGACGGAGGCUCGGCGUAGAUCUGAACGCAGAGACCAGAGAUACAGGAGCCGAUCACUGAGGCGGUCGGUUCAUCCUGAUAACGUCAGUAUUUCCCUGCAGAGAUAUUAAAGAUUUCAGCUUCAUGGUUAAUCCCUCUCUGCUGGCUGGAAGGACGGCUCCUCCC